UUUAUUUUUGGUUCAGCAACAUUUUGCAGGCCAUGUCCAAGAUAUUAUAUUUUACUGAAUAAAUCAAGACUCGUUUUGUGUCCACAAAUGUCCCCUGUUCCCAUAUGUCGGGUGUCCACAAAUGUCCCCUGUUCCCACAUGUCGUGUGUUCCCAAAUGUCGGGUGUUCGCAAAUGUCGCCAAAAAAUUUUUAAAAAUUUUUUCUUGUUUUUCUAAUUUCGCGUUUCGUUUUAUUUUUUAAAAAAUUUUGUUUCGUUUAGCCACAGAAAAAAUUAAAAAGAUGCCAUUUUCUCAAAAAUCUAAUUUAUUAACAAAAAUUCUUAAUUUAUUAAUUAAUUUAAUUAUAAUUAUUUUGUUGCUUUCUCCACCAUUAAAAACAGAAGAGACGAUAAAGAAAAAUACAAAAAUUUUAAAUUUAAAAAAUAUUGAAAGCACAAUAAAAACAAUGUUUUGGCUUUCUGUAGAAAUUAAUUCUGUUGAGUUUAGAAAGGGCUGUUUGAGUACGGCGUUGUGUCAUCGACCGACGUUUAAAUUGAAGGACAUUCUUCACCCAUUUAUUUCCCAUUGGACAAUUGGAGAACCUGAAGACGUUUCUUUUGGUUGUCAAAUUGCUGGAACUGAUCCUUCUUUUGGAUUUGCGCGUAUUUGUGAUGAAGCUUCGGCAAAGAGAAUUUUUCAAGAAGAAAGUGUUAAACAAAAUAUUUUGAAAAAUGUUAGAAGAGAAGAAUCCUCGUUUUAUGAUGAAAAUCAUCCAAAUUCUCCACUAAACAACCAAAAUUCUCAAAUAAUUUUAAUUAAAAUGAAUGGACGCUGUUUUAAUGCUACACUCUCAGUUAAAAAAUAUUUGGAAAGAUGUCCAUGGUGUUUAGAUCCAAAUUUAGAUAUUAAAGUUGUUGGAGAAAAUAAUGAGGAGGGGAUUGGACAACAGAAUCAAUUAAAAGGAAAUAUUUCUGAAGAAAAUGGAAAGACUAUACAAUUACAGAACAUACUAAUUUUAAUUUUGUCUGGUGCUGUUGUUUUUUCCUUAAGUGGCCUUUUUGGUGCCUUAAUAAUCCAUUGGCGUUACCGUAAACAAAAGCCUAAUUUAAUCCAUUCAAAUCGAAGAAGAAUAAAUACAGCUAUAGGCUGCCAUCAAAAAGAAAAAAUAUUUUCUCCAAAUAAUUCAAAAAAUAAAAAAAUUUUAAAAUUAAUUUCUCCCCCACGUGCCCAACGUUCCUUACCUUGUUCACCAGAAAAGCAGAGAGAAAAAUAUGAACAACAACAACAAUUUAUUUGUAAAGAAAAUUGUCAAGGGGAGCAAAAUAAUUAUGACGUCCCAUGGGACAACAAAUUUUGUCUAGUCCCCCGUCAGUGGCUUCUAAACAACCAAACUAUUUCUUCAAAUAAUCACCGCCCUCCUUCACUUUUCUUUAGCGGUGGAAGUGAACCAAUCCCUUCUUUAGGGCAACAACAAAUUGUCCAUCCCUACGCUACUUGUUAUGAAUUUAGCCGGAAUGCUUCAAUUAAAGUCCCUUCGACUAUGACAAUAAGUCAUCAAGUAAUUUUUUUAUAUUACACAUUAAAAUUAGAGAAAAUAGUUGUUUGA